AUGGGCAGUACUCGAGAAGCCAGCCACGCCGGCUCGUGGUAUACAUCGAAUCCGAGCAAGCUAUCCUCGGAACUCGACAACUGGCUAUCCCAAGUCCCCUCCACUAUUUCCGAUACCAAACUACCCGUUCCCGGUGCUCGAGUCAUCAUUGCACCCCACGCAGGAUAUUCCUAUUCCGGACCCGCCGCCGCCUGGGCCUACGCAACCCUCGAUCUCUCCGCCGCAAAACGAAUUUUCCUCCUCGGGCCCUCUCACGCUUGGUACCUCACUGAAUGUGCACUAUCCAAACACUCCAAGUAUGCCACUCCCUUGGGAGAUCUAACCAUCGACACCGCUCUCGUGCAAGAACUAUCCGCCACAGGCGAAUUCAAAAAAAUGUCCACCGAUCAAGACGAAACCGAGCACUCUCUAGAAAUGCAUCUCCCCUACAUUUACAAACUUCUCUCUCUCAACUUCCCCUCCCCCUCAUCCUUCCCCCCUCUAAUACCCAUCCUCGUCGGCAACACCAAUCCCACCACCGAACAGAAAUUCGGCUCCCUGCUCGCACCCUAUCUCUCCGACCCCUCCAACAUCUUCAUCAUCUCCUCCGAUUUCUGCCACUGGGGUCCCCGCUUCCAAUACACAUACUAUCUCCCCGCGAGUCCAUCUUCCGAAGCCCGCGAUAAAUCCGGCGGGUACUCACUUUCGCGCCGGGAUAAAGCACCGACGCAACCACCGAUUCAUGAGAGCAUAGGUCGCCUAGAUCAAUUAUCUAUGGAUGCUAUUUCCGGGGGCGUGCAUCAAGAGUUUCUGGACAAUCUGGAAGAGACAGGGAAUACGGUUUGCGGGAGACAUCCGAUUGGAGUGAUAAUGGCUGCGAUUGAGAAAGUGAAGGAGGAUAAGAAUUUGGAUGAGAAAAAGGGGAAAUUCAAAUUCGUGAGGUAUGAACGGAGUAAUGAAGUUACGAGGGUGGAUGAUGGUUCGGUGAGUUAUGCUAGUGCCUAUGCUGUGCUGUGAAUAUUGGUUUGCGUUCUAUAUUUUAUGGUGAGCGAUGAUUUGAUGAUUUCCUGGUGCUAAGAUGGGUCAAAUGGUCGGCAUAUAAUUUUUAGGAAUGGAGUAUUUCGGAGAUUUGCAUUCUUAGAUUCUUUUCAAAUUGAUUUACGCAUACCAAAAAAAUAGUCUUAUGAGACCGGGUCUUUGACACAAGAAUGAAUUAAUUGAUUAAUCUCUAGCUCCAAAUCCACAAGUGAGGAAUGUCAAAAUGUGUUUCAUCGGGUGUGUAUUCUAU